AUGUCUGAGGAAAACUCUUGGCGGACGAGUCUGCCUUCUUCGUCGACUGGUACAGGUGAUCAAACGGUCGUUCGACCGGAUUCCCUGACAAUUGGCUCCACUGCUAUCUCUAUGGAUAUUUUGACACCUCAGCUUCUUCAAUUUAUUCAAAGCUGUCAAAAUACUGCUGGUUCUGCAACCUCCACACCCGAUAACAAGGUUCUUGAUCCGACUGCGAUGUCUAAUUCUGUUCAGCAACAGAUAUCGGAGAGUGAAAUCUUUAUUAUUAUAUCUUGCCUCCAGCCACAUAAGGUUUUUCAUGUGGACUUGGAAAGUUUUUUCCUUGAGACUGCUUUCAAAACAGAUGGAGCUGCUAUUAUCCUUCAAUCUACCUAA